AUGUGGGCCCCUCCGCCUGCCAUGUAUUGGUCACGACCUGCAGUGCAUGGUGCGGUACCUCGGCCACUGCGAGCACAUGCGAGUGUUGUUGUGGAUGAUUUAAUGUAUGUUUUUGGUGGCACAGAUAGUCAUGGAUGCUCGGAAACACUUUAUGCAUUGGAACUGGAUACGUUUAAAUGGAUUCGACCGACCGUAUAUGGUGAUCGACCUCCACCAUCACGUGCGCACAGUAUGGUGGCACAUCAAGGGAAAAUAUACAUGUUUGGAGGUGGUGACGGACUAAACUAUACUAAUGAUCUCUAUGUCCUCGAUACUGCAUCUAUGAUCUGGAGUAAACCGGAUGUACUAGGGCCACCCCCGUCACCGCGCAGGGCGCACUCAUCCAUUGUUUGGCAGGACACAUUGUACAUAUUUGGUGGGGGUGAUACAGAUCGAGCUCUCAACGAUCUGCAUGCGCUUAAUUUGGAUGCAAUGACAUGGACACCCAUUGAUGUCAAGGGUACUAAGCCGUUACCACGCGGAUACCAUACGUCUACACUUGUCAAGGAUCGAUUGAUCGUUUUUGGAGGCAGUGAUGGACAUGAUACCUUUGAUGAUGUAAAUAUAUUAAAUUUGGAAACGAAUACAUGGACGAAAGUCGACGUUCAAAGAGGAGCUCAGCAACCGGCCCGUUUAAAGCGAUUAUCCCAUGCUGCCGUUGCUGUUGGAUCAUAUUUGUUUAUAACUGGUGGACACGACGGUACACGCUAUUGUGAUGAUCUCUUACUACUAAACCUUGCAACAAUGACAUGGGAAACACGUAAAGUGUAUGGGCAGGCACCUACACCUCGUGGAUAUCAUACGAUGCUCCUGUAUGACAGUAGGCUGUUUUUGAACGGUGGCUACGAUGGGAGACAGCUCUAUAAUCAAAUCAAUGUGUUGGAUUUGAGCAGUAGUGCAUAUCUUCCGCAAAUAAGCAAUUUUUCUAUCGAUUAA